AAGUAACAGAUGAAAUAAAUAUUGUAUUUCGAUAUGUUAACCAAGAACUUAACGUGGAUCGAGACUUUAGCUUUUGUCGAAAAAAGGGUGAACCUGUUUUUAAACUUCUUUUGCGCAUUCGAAGCAACGUCGAAAAAGAACUUGAAAAAUCUUUGAAUAAAUCAAGCAAACGUGGCUCAACUGCUGAACAAAAUUCAAGAGCCCUACCUGAGGUAAAAAUUGAAAUGUAUCGUGACAGAUGUGAUAGCAGCUUCCAUCAGAUAACAUUGGCUGAACUGCUACAAGACAAUUUUACUGGUGUAAAACUGCGUGUGAUAGAUCAAAUAUUCGAUAUCGUGUUAAACCAACCGUGGGUAGAUUUGCUGCAACUCCCAAAGUGCAUAUUAGCUGGCUGCCUGAUUUACCCAAGUAAAUUACAUAUUCAGUUCGCUGUUCGUGAGCAUUGCUACGGUAUGUGGUUCAAAUCAACACAGCGGGAUGCCAAAACGGCGAAUUGGGAGAAAUGUGGUGAAGGUCUUACUUAUCAAAUAGCGAAAAAAGACGUUGGAUACUAUAUAAAGUUUGCUGUUAUUCCACGAAAUAAACAAGGAAUAAGCGGACCUAUGGCAGAAGAGAUUUCAAAAUGUGUGGUACAGGCUGGUCCAGAUUUUUUUCCUUUUCAGAUGCGACAGCGACACACAGCAAAUUUACUAAUGGAGCCUAGCCAUUUUCGGGUGGUAACCUAUAAUAUAUUGGCAGACUUGUAUGCGGACAGUGAAUACUCUCGUCAAACCUUAUUUCCCUAUUGUUCACGACAAUCUCUGCUAACUGACUACAGAAAACAACUAUUAAUAAAAGAACUUAUAGGGUACAAUGCUGAUUUAAUUUGUCUUCAAGAAGUAGACCAAAAGAUUUUCGACGUCGAUUUUAAAAGUGUACUGGAAAUGCCACCACACAAUUUUUAUGGAAUGAUGGCACCAAAAGGCACGUGCACUGAAGGUGUUUCCGUUUUCUAUCGUAGGUCGCGUUUUGAUUUGUUGGGAUCUCAUGUACUGCAUCUGGGCAACAGCAUACCGGCUUUACCUAUUUUCGAACCUCUUUGGAACAAAAUUAAAACUAAUAAGAAACUAGCAGCACGCAUUUGUAAUCGAUCAACAACUCUACAGAUUUGUUUGCUUAAAGUUAAGAAAACUGAUAAGUACAUGCUGGUGGCCAACACACAUUUAUAUUUUCACCCGGACGCAGACCACAUCAGGUUGUUGCAAAUCGGGUUUGCUCUGACUUACAUCGAGUACUUACAUAAACAGUCUGUGAAGGAACAUAAUAUCACUGACCCACAAAAUAUUGGACUAAUAUUUUGCGGUGACUUUAAUAGUGUUCCUGAUUGCGGAGUCUACAAAUUAAUGACCGAGCAGUUCGUAGAUAAACAAUUUAGUGAUUGGUGCAGCAAUCCUGAUGAAGCCGUUGUAGAUGUGGAGCUCGCGCAGCCUUUUAAAAUGUUUUCAGCCUGCGGUAAACCUAGGUAUACAAACUACACGGCUCUCUUUUCUGGAUGCUUGGAUUAUAUAUUUUGCCAGCAGGAUCGCUUUGAACUACUACAAUGUUUACCAUUGCCAACGGAAGAACAACUAACCGCUCAUACUGCUAUACCAUCUAUCUGUUUUCCAUCAGAUCACAUUGCUCUGGUGGCCGAUUUAAGCUUUGAGUCUGUCAGUUAAACUUUUUCAAAAUGUUUGGAACCAUUUAUUUGUAUUUAAAUUAGCAAAUUUCAAACAUUAAUCAAAUUCGCCAUUAUUAGAAAACAUGUAAA